AUUACACAAGUAUGUAAUGAAUUAAAUCAAUUAAAAAAAGAACUUGAGCAACAUAAAAAAGAAAAAAGUCAAUUAAUUAAAGUAAAUGAAUAUUUAGCAAAAGAAAAUAAAAAAUUAAAGAAAAAGACUAAAAAUUGUACAUGUUCUCCUAUGAGUAUUCAAUCUAGUCAGGAUUAG